AUGGAUUCACCAACACGCCUCUUCCCCUCGUCCCAUGCCCACCAGCCGGCCUCUGUUUCUCUCUCGAUUCUGGAUGCCACCGUCGUCCGUUUCGCCCCGACCGGCGCAAUCUGGUUCUUCGAUGACUUGGGCUCGGAGGAGACCACAUUCCUACACAAUCUCCAAGCCUCUCUGAUUCAAACACUCGACCACUUCCCCCAAUGGGCCGGUCAGUUGCAAUGGGUCCCAUUUCAGCCGGGGCGAACCCACCGGCCCAUGAUCACGUACAAUUCGGCGUCGGAUCCAGGUGUCGAAUGGUCCGUCGUGCGGCUUGCUCAGUCCAUCGCCAGUUUUGCUCCCACGGCUUCAGAACGCGCCCGCAAUGGGUUCUGGACCGGCGAUGCUUUCACGCAAAAUACAUUCCUCUCCCCGACCCAGUUAGCUCUGGGUAACCUCUGCGACUACGAGGGCCUGCCCGCCGUGACGAUACAAGUCACUCUGUUCGCGGGGGGAGGGUUUGCGAUCGGCAUGAAAGUGGCCCAUUGCCUCGCAGACGCACAAGCCCUAAUGGUCUUCACGCAGCAAUGGGCCGCAGCCUGUCGCGGAUUCCAUGGCCACACCGUCCUUCCCAUGGACGACCCGGUCUUCGAGCCAUCCAUGCUCGAUUCCAAAGCCAGCGGCGACACCAACACCCCAAACCCCGACCCAACCCUCAUCGCAGCAGCCCGUACUCUCCCCCUCCACCGCUACGACUGGUGGAAAACAUCCGACCCAGACUACCCAGCGAUCAUGGUCCCCAACACCGAGAACUCCAAACCGUCCCCGGAGUACCUCACCAACGCCACCCUCUCCCCGUCCACCCCAGCCCCCUGGGCCACCUGGGACUUCUCCAAACCAGUCAGCUACACCCAGCUCCAUUUCACCGGCCGCGAGCUCGACCAUCUCCGGCAACUAGCCCGCACGCAACUCGGGCCCCAGCAUGGCCCCAUCUCCCGCCUAGACGCCCUCCUCGCGCACAUCUGGACGCUCAUCAACCAAGCCCGCGGCUACAACCAGUCCUCGGACCAAGUCUAUCUGAACCUCAGCUUGGGCGCUCGCACGCGCGUCUCGCCGCCCCUCCCGGAUACGUUCAUCGGGUCGCCGAUUUUCAUCACGCACGCCUGCGCUUCCGGUGAGGAGGUAUGCGCGUCGAGCGUGGGGGAGAACGCAUCCCGGAUCCGACAAACCAUCCAGCAGUUCACGCCGGAGAAGCUGGGCGCGAUGCUGUAUGAUGCGGGAAGGGAGGUUGCGCCGCAGCGCCUGUGGCAGGCGUUUAUGGGCAAGAAGCAUACGCUGAUCACGUCCUGGUUGCGGCUGGGGGUGUAUGACGUGGAUUUUGAUGGACACGGCCAGAGGCCGAGAUACGUCCAUGCCAUCAUGCCGGAGAUGGAUGGCUGUGUGCAGGUCAUGGAUGCCGGGGUGGACGAUAGGGGGGUCGAUUUGGCGGUUUAUUUGGAUGCGGAGGUGCUGGGGAGGGUGUUGGAGAGGAGGGUUCCUCUGGAUGUGAAGGAUGAGCAGUGUGGGUAUUUAUAA